GCGAAAGCAACACUAGAGCUGAGUGUGCGCGAGCUUCAGCCGGCAGAUUCAGCAGCGGGCUUCACAUCGCUGACUUUUGUUUCUUACUAAAUACAGGCAGAAACCCUUGAAUGAAUGCGGCGCAUAUUAAUUAGGGUGGUCGGACGGCACACUCCGCGGACAAUUCUGGCUAAUUGCUUAUCAAUUAAAGUAGAGCAUUAGCGUUGGAGAAUGGAUGGGAUUCAAGACCAACAAGUGCCUUAUAUUAAAUCCAAUAGGCCACAAGGGAAGACGUCUUGCAGCGAGAGACCAGCAAAUGACAGAAAAAGAAAAUUAAUUAACUCUGACCUGGCCCUGGACACUGAAGAACUCUUCCAGGACCUCAGUCAGCUGCAAGAGACCUGGCUGGCGGAAGACGUGAUGCUUCAGGAUUUAAGCGCGGGUGUCUUCUUUCCGCCCUGUUUGCAGCACAGAAGUUUUGCUCAAGUUCCCGACAAUGACGAGCAGUUUGUCCCAGACUUCCAGACUGAAAACUUGGCAUUCCACGGACUGCAGCUGAAGAUCAAGAAGGAGCCCCACAGCCCCUGCUCCGAGGUGGGCUCCACCUGUGGCCAGGAGCGGCCCUUCAAACUCCACUAUGGGGAGAAGUGCCUGUACAACAUCAGUGCCUACCAGCAGCACAAACACCCAACAGGCAUGAAGCCCUCCAGCCCAGCGACGCCCCCCUGCAGCAACCCCGUGUCCCCCCUUCAUAAUGGCUCCCCCACGGCCGUCCCCACCCCCAAACCAGACAGGACGUACCCCCACCUCCAGCCCCUCCCGGACAGCACCUACUCCAUGGACCACAGAUUUCGACGUCAGCUGUCGGAGCCCUGCCACUCGUUCCCCUCCCCACCGUCGAUGUCUCGGGACGGAAGGCCCAUGUACCACAGACAGAUGUCUGAGCCCAACAUCCUGUUCCCCCCACAAGGCUUCAAGCAGGAGUACCCCGACCCCUUGUUUGAGCACCCUGCCAUGGUGGGGGCGCCCAUUCCCCCCACGUACCCCCCGUCCAUGAUGAUCAAACAGGAGCCCAGGGAUUUCACCUAUGACUCAGCAGAAGUGCCUAGCUGCCAUUCUGUCUACCUGAGGCAAGACGGMUAUCUGGCUCACAGCAGCAGGACUGAAGGCUGCAUGUUCGAUAAAGUCGCRAGACAUUUCUACGACGACACCUGCGUGGUCCCCGAAAAGGUUGAAGGUGACAUAAAGCAGGAGUCAGGUCUGUACCGUGAAGGUCCAACCUACCAGCGCCGAGGCUCACUGCAGCUCUGGCAGUUCCUGGUGGCUCUCCUGGACGACCCGUCCAACUCUCACUUUAUCGCCUGGACCGGCCGGGGCAUGGAGUUCAAACUCAUCGAGCCAGAGGAGGUUGCACGUCGAUGGGGAAUCCAGAAGAAUCGACCAGCUAUGAACUACGACAAACUCAGCCGAUCGUUACGCUAUUACUACGAAAAAGGCAUUAUGCAGAAGGUGGCAGGGGAGAGAUACGUGUACAAAUUUGUGUGCGACCCCGAGGCUCUGUUCUCCAUGGCCUUCCCUGACAAUCAGCGGCCCGUGCUGAAGACGGACAUGGAGCGGCAGAUCAACGAGGAGGACACGGUGCCGCUGUCACACUUUGACGAGAACAUGGCCUACGUGCAGGAGGCGGGGCCCUACUGCAACCCRCCACACCCGUACAGCGAGGGCUACGUUUAUUAACGUAAAKCCCCAAGACGCC